GACAGCAGGGCUGGAAGUGCAGCGGGGCCGGAGGGGCAGAGCCGGGGAGAAGCAAGGAAGCCGAGGCGCCCGGAGUCCCGCACCGCGCUCCCUCGUUCAGUCAAAGGCAGUUUGGGGUUCGGCGCAAAGCAAGCCAGGGCCGGGCUUUUCCUCGAAAGCGGUCGCCCUGCUCUUGGCUCCCGAGGACAAAGGGCACGGGAGGAUUUGCACGCUGGGGGCGCUGGGGCCGGCCAUGGUCAUGGAGGUGGGCUCCCUGGACGCCGGCGGCCUGCGGACGCUGCUGCGGGAGCGCGCGGCGCAGUGCCUGCUGCUGGACUGCCGCUCCUUCUUCGCCUUCAACGCCGGCCACAUCGCCGGCUCGGUCAACGUGCGCUUCAGCACCAUCGUGCGGCGCCGCGCCAAGGGCGCCAUGGGCCUGGAGCACAUCGUGCCCAACGCCGAGCUGCGCGGCCGCCUGCUGGCCGGCGCCUACCACGCCGUGGUGCUGCUGGACGAGCGCAGCGCCUCCCUGGACGGCGCCAAGCGCGACGGCACCCUGGCCCUGGCCGCCGGCGCGCUCUGCCGCGAGGCACGGGCCGCGCACGUCUUCUUCCUCAAAGGAGGAUAUGAAGCUUUUUCAGCUUCCUGCCCGGAGCUGUGCAGCAAACAGUCGACCCCCAUGGGGCUCAGCCUUCCCCUGAGUACCAGCGUCCCUGACAGCGCGGAAUCAGGGUGCAGUUCCUGUAGCACCCCACUCUAUGACCAGGGUGGCCCAGUGGAGAUCCUGCCCUUUCUGUACCUGGGCAGUGCAUACCAUGCUUCCCGGAAGGACAUGCUGGAUGCCUUGGGCAUCACUGCCUUGAUCAACGUCUCAGCCAACUGCCCCAACCAUUUCGAGAGUCACUACCAGUACAAGAGCAUCCCGGUGGAGGACAACCACAAGGCGGACAUCAGCUCCUGGUUCAACGAGGCGAUCGAUUUCAUAGACUCCAUCAAGAAUGCCGGAGGAAGGGUGUUUGUCCACUGCCAGGCGGGCAUUUCCCGGUCUGCCACCAUCUGCCUCGCCUACCUCAUGAGGACUAACCGAGUGAAGCUGGACGAGGCCUUUGAGUUUGUGAAGCAGAGGAGAAGCAUCAUCUCCCCCAACUUCAGCUUCAUGGGCCAGCUGCUGCAGUUCGAGUCCCAGGUCCUGGCCCCGCACUGCUCGGCCGAGGCCGGGAGCCCUGCCAUGGCCGUGCUCGACCGCAGCUCCUCCACCACCACCGUCUUCAACUUCCCCGUCUCCAUCCCCGUCCACUCCGCCAACAGUGCGCUGAGCUACCUUCAGAGCCCCAUUACGACCUCUCCCAGCUGCUGAGGCCGCGGGAGGCGAUCCGCACAGCCCACCGGACUCCAGGCUCCUUGAGGAGAAACGCACUGACUCCGGGGAGGGGGCUCGUGAGGGCCGGUCCUUAUUUAUUUAAUUUCACCUGAGUUCCGCUGGGUUCCCAGGCAGUCACAGUGAUGACUUAGCGUCGAGACAUUUGCUGGACUCAGCACGUUCGGGACCAAUAUAUAGUGGGUACAUGCAGUCCCUCUGACAAAAAGGGGCACAAGAGAAAGGACUCUUUGUGAGCCGGUUUCUUUUUGCUCGCCCCCCGUUUUUCGUAGGAACUCUUCAUGCUUGACAUACCUACCAGUGUUACCAUUCCCGGCGACAUAUAUGUGUGAGAAUUUACCUUAUUUAUUUUUGUGGAGGUGGUCUGCCUUCACAAGCGUCAGUGUCUACUCCUAGAAGAACCAAAUACCUCAAUUUUUGUGUUUGAGUACUGUAAUAUCCUGUAAAUAGAUCCCGAACAGGUUUGUUUUCAGCACUGAUGGAAAGCACCAGUGUUGGGUUUUUUUUUAGUUGCCAACAGUUGUAUAUUUGCUGAUUAUUUAUGACCUGAAAUAAUAUAUUUCUUCUUCUAAGAAGACAUUUUGUUAUACAAGGAUAACUUUUUUAUACUACAGAAUAAAUUAUGACAUUUCUAUUGA